AGCGUCGUGCCCACAGUCGGGGCGCUGGGAGCCGGGGGUCCCUGGGGGCCGCCCGCAGUUAAGAUGGCGUCCGCGGCGGACGGGGUCUUGGGGGCGGCGGCGGGCCCGGCCUGGGGGCUGCGGCCGGGGCUGGAGGAGCUGAGCCUGGGCAAGUUGGCGACGUCCCUGGGUGCGUCGGAGCAGGCACUGCGCCUCAUCAUCUCCAUCUUCCUGGGUUACCCCUUGGCUCUGUUUUACCGGCAUUACCUUUUCUACAAAGACAGCUACCUCAUCCACCUCUUCCACGCCUUCACGGGCCUCUCCAUUGCCUACUUUAACUUUGGGUACCAGCUCUACCACUCCUUGCUGUGUGUUGUACUCCAGUUCCUCAUCCUCCGCCUGAUGGGCCGCACGGUCACCGCCGUGCUCACCACCUUCUGCUUGCAGAUGACCUACCUUCUUGCUGGGUAUUAUUACACAGCCACGGGCAACUACGAUAUCAAGUGGACAAUGCCGCACUGCGUCCUGACGCUGAAACUGAUCGGUUUGGCUGUUGACUACUUUGACGGAGGGAAGGAUCAGAGCUCCCUGACCACUGAGCAACAGAAAUACGCCUUCCGCGGAGUCCCUUCCCUGCUGGAAGUUGCCGGCUUCUCCUACUUCUAUGGGGCCUUCUUGGUAGGUCCCCAGUUCUCCAUGAACCACUACAUGAAGCUGGUGCAGGGGAAGCUGACAGACUCGCCAGGGAAGAUGCCGAACAGCACCGUGCCUGCCCUCAGGCGCCUGAGCCUGGGCCUCAUCUACCUGGUGGGCCACACACUGCUCAGCCCGCACAUCACCGAGGACUACCUGGUCUCUGAGGACUACGAGCUCCGGCCUUUCUGGUUCCGCUGCUUGUACAUGCUGAUCUGGGGCAAGUUUGUGCUGUACAAAUACGUCACCUGUUGGCUGGUCACGGAAGGAGUGUGCAUCCUGACGGGGCUGGGCUUCAGCGGCUUUGGCGAGGACGGAGAGCCCAAGUGGGAUGCCUGUGCCAACAUGAAGGUGUGGCUCUUCGAGACAAACCCCCAGUUCAGCGGCACCAUCGCCUCCUUCAACAUCAACACCAACGCCUGGGUGGCCCGUUACUUCUUCAAACGCCUCAAGUUCCUCGGAAAUAAACAACUGUCCCAUGGUCUCUCGUUGCUGUUCCUGGCCCUGUGGCAUGGCCUCCACUCAGGGUACCUGGUCUGCUUCCAGAUGGAGUUCCUCAUCGUUAUUGUGGAAAAGCAGGCUGCCGCCCUCGUCCAGGAGAGCCCGGCCCUCAGCAGCCUGGCCUCCAUCACCGCCCUGCAGCCCCUCUACUACGUGGUGCAGCAGACCAUCCACUGGCUCUUCAUGGGCUACUCCAUGACCGCCUUCUGCCUCUUCACCUGGGACAAAUGGCUGAAGGUGUAUAAGUCUGUCUACUUUCUCGGCCACGUCUUCUUCUUGAGCCUACUAUUCACAUUGCCUUACAUUCACAAAGCAAUGGUGCCAAGGAAAGAGAAGUUAAAGAAAAUGGAAUAGCCUAUUUUGCUGGUGGCCUCGAGCAGGACUGGUGCAGACACUACUCGCCCCUUUUACAGCACUCCCUCGCCCAGAGCACAGAGCACGAGAAAGCCAGGGCCGGAAGCCGCGCGCCCAGCUGUGCCUCGUCUUAGGGCCAAAGGGGAGGCUCUUGUGGGAGGAGCAGGGGCCUCGGCCUCAGCUCCCCCGUGCACGUUGCCUUAUCUCUCCCCUCUGGCCAGGAGUCUGCUGUGUUCUUCUGCCACUUUACUGGGACUCCGUGCCGCCCCCAUGGGGGGAGCAGAGGGUGCGAGGGCCCACCUGCUCCACUUUUUCUAUCUUGGACUGUACCAGAUAAAGUCACUUCUGUUUGGUUUUUCA